AUGGUCAUGGAGGUCGACGAACCAGCAGUUGCGGCAACUACAUCUCAAGAUGAGCAGGAUGAAGCUCAAAAUAAUGACGUCGAGAUGGACACUUCUGAAGGGCCCAUCGAAGCCGAUCAAACUUUUGAGGCUGUAGACCAAAUUAAUUGGAAAUUCAAUCAAGUGAAAGGAAACAUAGAUUCCGAGGUCCACACUGAAGCUGAUGUCAUCUCGUGUGUGGAAUUUUCACAUGAUGGUGAAUAUCUGGCUACUGGAGACAAAGGAGGCCGGGUAGUAAUUUUUCAAAGAGAUCAGAGCGGGAAGUAUGUCAAAGGAGUCAGGUCUAGGGAGUACAAUGUUUAUUCGACAUUCCAAUCCCAUGAACCGGAAUUCGACUAUCUGAAAUCUCUAGAAAUUGAUGAGAAGAUCAACCAGAUUCGGUGGUUAAAGAAAAAGAACGCAGCCAAUUUCAUCCUUUCCACAAACGACAAAACUAUCAAACUUUGGAAAAUAAGCGAACGAGAGCGUAAGAUUGGAGAGGAUGCUUGGAACCUGCCGAGAACAAACAGAAUCAACACAACUUCUUUCCGUGGUCGUCUUCAAAUUCCUUCGAUUGUGCCAAUGGAAUUGAUAGUUGAAGCGAGUCCUCGACGAGUUUAUGGAAACGCUCAUACCUAUCAUGUCAACAGUAUUUCGGUUAAUUCUGAUCAGGAAACAUUCUUGUCUGCCGAUGAUCUACGAGUCAAUCUCUGGAAUUUAGAGAUCACCAAUGAGUCUUUCAACAUAGUCGAUAUCAAACCUGCCAAUAUGGAGGAACUAACGGAAGUCAUUACUGCCGCAGAGUUCCACCCAACUCAAUGUAACUGGUUCGUCUACUCGUCAUCAAAAGGAUCCAUCCGAUUGUGUGAUAUGAGAGAUCGGGCUCUUUGUGAUGCAUAUGCUAAAAUUUUCGAAGAGCCAGAAGACCCACAAUCCAGGUCUUUCUUCUCAGAGAUUAUCGCUUCUGUGAGUGACGUCAAAUUUUCACACAAUGGGCGAUAUUUGCUAACCCGAGACUAUCUCACUGUAAAGGUUUGGGACUUGAAUAUGGAAUCACAGCCCGUCGAGACCUACCCAGUGCAUAAUUAUCUACGUACUAAACUAUGCGCACUUUAUGAAAACGAUUCGAUUUUUGACAAAUUCGAGUGCGAUUGGAGUGGUGACGAUAAACAUAUUCUUACUGGUUCCUAUCACAACUUGUUCCGAACAUACGCUCGGGGCAACGACGGCGAUUCGAAGACAUGGGAAGCUCGACCGCAAGAACCCUACUCUCAGCUUCGAUCUCGAUCCGUCGUUCCGUCCGCUAAGCGGAAGAGACCAAAUGUACCACCAACCCCUGAACAGACCGAGGAGGAGCUGUCAUCAGACCAACUUCAAUUCGAUCGCAAGAUUUUGCACACUGCUUGGCAUCCAAAGGAUAAUAUCAUUGCACUUGCAGCCACUAACAACCUUUACAUCUUCUCAGAUGUUUAA